AUGCUACCCGCUUCUCAAUCUGCAACAACAGGAAAUACUGUUGAUGAUUGUACUAUAUGUUUGAGUGCUCUUGCGCCAGGGUCUCCUCUUUUGACUCUGUCAUGUAAUCACAAAUUCCAUUUUCAGUGUUUAGCAUCGAACAUUAAAGCAAAAAAUAAAGAAUGUCCACUAUGUCGAGCUGCAAUUGAUAAUUCAGUCGUUCAAUUACUAGCAGGUCCCAUUCAGCCAUCACCACAACAUCAACAACAACAAACAAUCCCAACUCCAAUCCCUGCAGUUAAUAUUAUUCCUUCAGUUGAAGAUCUGAUCGAUGCGGUUGCUGUGCGAGAACUUUGCGAUCGUCACGCUGUUGCUCGUCAGGCUGCAUUUGCUUCACUCAAUAAUCCUGACAAUCUUCCAUUGAUAACUGCUUCAACGACAUUAGAAUAUGGAGCUCGAAUCUCAAAUGAAGAAUCAAAUAUAUACGGUCUUGUUACUCUUGAAGCAGCAACUGUCCUCUUACCAGCAGAAGCCGGAUCCUUCUUGUCAUCUCGUGUUCCAAUUGAUCUUGUUUGUGUGGUUGAUCAAAGUGGAUCGAUGUCGGGUGAGAAAAUAGCAUUAUUGAAACAAACUCUGGUCUACAUUGUUGAAAAAAUGAAUGAACUCGAUCGGCUAGCUAUUAUUUCGUUCAAUACUGAAGCUUUUGAUCGUUCACACGGUUUCAAACUGAUGAAUCAACAAAACAAACAAAUAUUGACUGAUGCUAUCAAUAAUGAUAUUACCAGCAGAGGUGGUACUUACAUCGGAAAGGGUUUAGAAAUGGGCAUCAACUUGUUUACUAAUCGUCAAACAAAAAAUCCGUUGAAUGCUUUACUCUUGCUCACUGAUGGUCAAGACAAUGAAAAUCAUAACUAUACCCAACUAAUGCAAACUCUACGUAGUGGUGUUCAAUGCCAUACAUUCGGUUACGGAUCCGAUCAUACGGCCUCAUUACUGGUGCGAAUAGCUGAGCAAGGCAAUGGAGGCACGUUCACUUACAUUGAUGAACAAGAAGCAAUAGGUUCUGCAUUCGCGAUGGCUCUGGGUGGUCUAUUCACAUGUGUUGCACAACAAGUUCAUGUCAAUAUCGAAUUUACUGGGGCCUAUAAGAUCACUCAUGUUCAUUCGAACUAUAAAUAUGAACCUGAACAACUACCGUCGACAAAACUCAAUAUCAAGUUACAUGAUUUGAAUGCCGAAGAAAAGCGAAAUCUUGUUUUUCAAUUAUAUGUACCUAAAACGGACAAUAAUGAACAGAAUGUAGACAUGACUCGUCAACUACCUAUGUCAUUGACUCAAUCUACAGAAGAAAUCCAACUAUUUGAAAAUCAAAUCAUUGGUAAUGUGACCGUUAUCUAUAUGGAUCCCAAUAGUGGUCGCACAAUAACGACAAAUCCAGUUUCUUUCAACUUAGUACGAGGUUCUCAUCCUCCAGAUGAACUUCUUCGCGUCAAUCAUGUACUUGACAUUCAACGAAAUCGAGUAGAAACAGCACAUGCACUAGAACAAGCAAUGGCCGAGGAUAACUAUCGACAAUCACGUGCUAUUCUUAAAGCUCAAGUAGACAAGAUCAAAGCCAGUGUAUCUGCACAAGAUCCUUUCUGUCAAAAGCUAAUUAAAGAUCUUGAAUAUCAUUAUCCAACAGAACGUGACUAUCGAUCAUCACAACAUAAUACUUAUAUGUGUCACACAACGGAACGAGGUACAUACAUGCCAUCGUCCAAUACUAGUACACGACAAUUGCUUGUAUUAGAUGAACGCAAUGAAGCUUCUGGACCACUUGAAUGUUCUCCUCGUGAUCUUGAUGCUACGAUAUUAUCAUUUUCUUGUAACUUGACAGAUCCAGGAGCUCUGCUCAUUCCUCCAGAGGUACGUUCUCCGUCUCGUGAUACCUCCAUUGGGUUACCUAGACUUGCAGAAGCUGUCAGUUUCGGUUUAUGA